CCGCUUUCGACCAACUGAGAAACGCAGAAGCGGCGCACCGCUGACAGUCUGCCCUCCCUCGCUUCUCUCUCCUCUCUGUCAUCCUCUCCCUUCAGCAGUGGACACAUAUUCAACUUUGUGAACAGCCGCCGCUCGUGAAGGUACAGCGUCUUUUCGGCAUCACCAGAGAAAUGCACUGAGGGACGCCGAGGAGAGCACGCGUUGUUGUUGUCGAGGAACGUCAAAGAUUUACAGUGAAACCAUGAGGUCGCAGAGGAGGAGCCCAGGAGUGGUCGCGGUGCUGCAAUUGAUCACCUGUAUUUGUGCCUUAUAUACGACUGCUGCCACUGACAUCCCACUGGAGGUUUUCGGUCACGUAAACAUUGAGCAGCUGCCCACCAUCACAGCCCAGUCGCCCAGCUCUCUCAUUGCUUUCCCUUUCGACGAGAGCUUCCCCGUGACGUGUGAAGCCAAAGGGAAUCCCGAGCCAGAAUUCAGAUGGACGAAGAAUGGCCAGGAAUUCGACCCCUCUCUCGACCCCCGGUUAAUGAAAGAAGAGAAUUCUGGGACCUUUGUGAUACCCAAUAAUGGGAACCUUACAGAGUACCAGGGAAACUAUCGCUGUUACGCCUCAAACAAACUGGGGACCGCCAUAUCGAAGGAGAUUGAGUUCAUUGUGCCCAAUGUUCCUAAGUUUCCUAAAGAAACAAUCGAUCCUGUGGUGGUGGAGGAAGGUCAGCCUUUUACUCUGCAGUGUAACCCACCAUCCGGAAUACCACCCCUGCAGAUCUACUGGAUGACUAUCAAUCUCCAGCACAUAGAACAGGACGAGCGCGUUUCAACGGGCUUAAACGGCGACCUUUACUUCUCUCAUGCGGUGGAGAAGGACAGCAGGAGGGACUACUGCUGCUUCGCCGCCUUCCCCAAAAUACGAACCAUCGUUCAGAAGACCGCCAUGUCUGUCAUUGUCGAGACAAAAAAAAGUGACUUGAGUCCAGAAGCUGCUAACGCAAUCCUGCAGAGAAGGCCCUCUCUUCUGACGCCCUCUGGUGACACGUCACAGACACAGCUGGUCAAAGGAGAGGACUUGAAAUUGGAGUGUAUUGCUGAGGGAUUUCCAACUCCACAGGUCGAGUGGGUGAAGAUGGGUCAUCAUCUUCCGCUGAAAGCAAAAAAGGAGAAUCAUGGAAAGUUGCUGAUUGUACCAAGAGUUGACCAGGAAGACAGUGGGAAGUACAUGUGCCUGGCAAAGAACGAAUUAGGAGAAGCCAAGCAUUACUUCACAGUGACAGUAGAAGAGCCUCCAGAGUGGGAGUUUGAGCCUGAGAGUCAGCUCAGCAUGAUCGGCUCAGAGGUGAUCAUCAAGUGCUCGGCCAGUGGGACUCCUCAGCCAACUGUAACAUGGAGGGUGAACGGUGUGCCUCUGCAGGACACGCCGGCAGCCAACAGGAAGACAUUCGAUGACACCAUUGUUCUGCAUAACGCCAAAGCAUCUGACAGUGCUGUCUAUCAGUGUGAGGCCUCCAACAGACAUGGGAAGCUGCUGUCCAAUGCAAACAUCAUGAUUAUGAAUCUGCCCCCCAUGAUUUUGACCAAAGACGGGGAGGAUUACUCUGCUGUGGAGCGGAAGGGAGUUAUGAUGCACUGCAAGGUUUUCAGUUCUCCUCCUUCCACGAUCACCUGGAGCAAAGAUGACUCCUCGGAAUCUGUGGAGGGUCCGAGAUUUACGGUUCACGAUAAUGGGUCCCUGGAGAUCUAUAGUGUUGAGAAAGACGACACGGGCCAGUACACAUGUUUGGCUAAAAACAUCGAGGGCUCCUCUGCCAUCGACGCCAUGCUCUAUGUGAAAGAUCCCACGAGCAUCGUCACGGCCCCGGAGGACCAGCAGAUCUUAAUAGGUACCACGGCCCAGCUCUCAUGCCUGGCAAAGUACGACAAGUCCUUCAGCAACGACUUUGAGCUCCUGUGGGAAAAAGAUGAUAUAGAGUUAGCCCUUAACUACACCGAGAAUUCAAGAUACUUAGUGGAGGAUGGUAUUCUUCACAUUAUCAAUGUCAGCCAAGGGGACCAGGGUGUGUACACAUGUGUGGCAAGAACCCCGGUGGACCAAGUCACGGCCUCAGCGCUGCUCAUGGUCUUAGAUGUCCCCGAUGCGCCUGAAAACUUGAUGCUGUCUGAAUACAAGAGCAAAAGCGUGAAACUGAAAUGGAUCCCCGGGGACGAUCACAACAGCUCCAUCACAGAGUUUAUCAUCGAGUACGAGGAAAGCCAGUGGGAGCCUGGAAACUGGAAGGAGCUGCUUCGAGUACCCGGGAACCACAACUCGGCCAUGCUUAAACUCCACGGUCACGUCGACUAUUGCUUCCGCGUGUCUGGAGUUAACGCUGUGGGGAAGGGCCCUCCCAGUGAGCCCACAGAGAGAUACAAAACCGUCCCAGCAGCCCCCGAUAAGAACCCUGAAAAUAUCAAAAUCGAGGGUCAUUUACCACACGAAAUGGAUAUCAACUGGGAGCCCUUGUUGCCCAUCGAGCACAAUGGUCCUGGCCUUGAGUAUAAGGUGAGUUACAGACGACAAGACGUGGACGAGGACUGGAAGGAGCACAUGGUGAAGAGACACUCAUUCGUGGUGAAGGACACUCCCACCUUUGUUCCCUACGAGAUCAAGAUCCAAGCCAAGAACCAUCAGGGAUGGGGCCCCGAGCCCAAGAUAGUGGCCGGCUACUCAGGAGAGGAUUUUCCCUCUGCUGCGCCUGAUGAUGUUGCUGUGGAAGUGAUGAACAGCACGCUGGUCAAGGUUAGCUGGAUGCGUGUACACAAGGACAAGCUACAUGGACAUCUGGGAGGCUACAGGAUAAACUGGUGGCGUCUGCGCAGCCUGGUGGACUCAAAGAAAAACCACGGAGACAAAAACACGCUGACAGUCCCCGGGGACCGGAACCACGCCAAGAUACCGGGACUAACUCCUUUCUCCGAAUACAGUCUCAUUGUUAUGACCUUCAACGGGCGGGGCAACGGCCCCGGCAGCCAUCCCGUCAACUUCAAAACCCCAGAGGGAGUCCCGGAGAAAAAUCCUGUUUUCAGGGUCACAGAUGUUCAGAAACACACCGUCUCCCUGGUCUGGGCCCCACCACUGGAGCCUAAUGGGAUUCUUACUGGGUACCUCCUCGAGUAUCAGCUCAUUAACGACACAGAAGAGGUGGGGCCACUGCAGACGGUCGACAUCAGCAACCCGAUGACCACCAAACGGAUCCUGCGCGACUUGGAGCCCCUGAGCAAAUACAAGUUCUACCUGCGCUCAUGCACCACAGUGGGCUGCGGGCCUGUUGUUAGCGAGGAGUGCACCACCACCUUAGAAACAACUUCCACUAUGGCUUCCACUGUUGGCCUCAGCAAGUCAGCUUCCCCCACACCUCCACGCACUCCAAAGUCUCGAGUGACCAAACCCACUCGUUCCACCAUAGGUUUGGCCAGCAUCCACGGAGGAAUAUCCACCCAGGGCUGGUUUAUCGGCCUGAUGAGCGCCAUUGCUCUGCUCACACUCAUUGUGUUGAUCGCCUGCUUUGUCAACAGAAAUAAAGGCGGAAAGUAUUCCGUAAAGGAAAAAGAAGACCUUCACCCAGACGUUGAGUCCCAGGGCAUGAAUGACGACACAUUUUGCGAGUACAGCGACAACGACGAGAAGCCGCUGAAGGGCAGCCAACGCUCGCUGAGCAGGGAGAUCAAGGCGGCGGACAGCGGGGACAGCCUGGUCGACUACGGCGACGAGGACGCUCAGUUCAACGAGGACGGCUCCUUCAUCGGCGAGUACGCGGGCCGAAAGGAGAAGAGGGUUUCCGCUGAGAUCAAAGCCACCACUCAGACCCCGGCGUGAGGAGCAAACAUACAUCCGUCUUUCCUCCUCCACACCCCACCGCUUUCAUUCGACCCCCCCCCGGGACGAAACAAAACACAGACAGACAUUAUCCACACUAAGCGCACGUUUUGUGUCAAAUGUGAUGUGUCGUUGCCAGCUGCACACUGCACACUUCUCAUUGUAUUAAGCUCUGUUUUGUCAAAAAAAAAAAAAAGGUGUAUAUACAGUGUAUAUUCUACGUGCCGAGUGUCUUUUUUUUUUUAUAUAAUUAUUAUCACACAAACCAUUUAUAGGGCUUUGAUUUUUUUUCUUUCCAUGACUUCAGCUGUAUUACUGUCUGUAGAAAACGAGUUCACUCUCCAUCCUGCAGCGGCCCACACGCGGCAUCACGUGGAUAUUUUUCCAAUUGGAGCAAAUAUUACUGACCUUUUUGUAUUUGAAAUGGAUACAGUAAAUAUGUUGUAAGAUGUGUAUAAAGGUUGCUUAUUAACUUAUUUUUUUUCCCAGUGGUUUUAUACCUGACAAGAUAACCAGAAAGUUGACAUAUCAUUUUGUAUCACAAGCAUCGAGUCUUGAACCAUAAACCUCCCUGUGAUGUUAGAGGAGAUUGUAAUUUAGUAGUUAUACUUUGCUUAUGAACAUUUAGAGCUAUUGGACAGUGUAAACUGCAAAAGAAAUGACUGUGUUUUGUAAGACUUAUCUAUUACUGGUCAUUACAGUAUGUUCCUGAUUAUACUUUAAUAAGUAAAAUGACAAUUUAUUCCAGUUUAUAGACGAUUGAUGUGAAAUGUCUCACACGUGUAACCCCCUAUUUCUGGUUUUGGUGUCACAGUUUUCUACGAAAUGUUUGACAUUAUUUGGGAAAUACACAAGUUGCUUCCUCGACAGGGAAUGCAUGAGACGGUUGAUACCAGUCUGGUGUCUGUGUUUCUGAAUAUGAAGCUACAUGUCCACUCACCGUACCUCGGAAUGGGAACAUAAUUCACAAAAUCUACAUCAUGUUCUAUUGGGAAGAGGAAGAGCUGAAACUAGUGAUUGAGACCAUUAACUCCUCAGGGAAAUUUUUACUGACUGAUGUUGUUGUGACUCUGGGUUGGGCGACACUGACACUGAGACAUUUAUUUUUCUGGACAUAAGCAGACUAAUCCAAACUUAACCAAGUUCAUCAGAGCCUCAUAUAAAGUCUUAGUAUGAUAAAAAAGAAGACACUUGUGUCGGUUACAAUAACAGACAGACGUGAUGUCUAAUAAAGCAAAAUAUAAAAUGGCAAACCGAAGGAUAUAUCAAAAAAACAAACAAAGAGAUAAACACAGGGACGCUCAAUGAAUUAUGACCGUUUUUACCUCUUUGUCUGAUGAACAAAGUAAAGAUGAUAUCAGAUGUAAAGAGAAGAGCUGAUCAUUUUUCUUCACUGGAAUUAUUGAUCCGUGUGUGGAGUGUUUUUUUUUUUUUUUCUCCUACUAAAUCACAUCAGAGGCUUCUCAGCAGUCGGAGUCACAGCGUCAACACUGAUUAAUAUCAGAGCUUGAAAAAACUUCAGAUUUAUUGCGGGGGAAAAAUCAGGAAUACUUUUUUUUUGUUCUGUCCAAAUGAUGAUCUGGUUUGCCUGUGAUCUGAUUGGUUAGUGGUUAACUCAGUGACAGGCGUGUGUCCACUGUCACUGACCUAACCUUCUGUGGUUAGGUUUGGCAGAUUAGAGUUUCAACAUCAGUUGCCAUAGCGAUUUACCUUUAUAAGAAGCAGAAGCAGCUUUGUAGGAUCAAAAAAAACCCGCGUUCAACUUGACGCUAUGUGGAUAAACGCAAAUCCUGCUUCAUAGUACAGGCUUCAGCUGAUACUUGUUGUUUCUCGCAAACAGACACAGGAGUGCUAUCAACCUGCUCAUGGCAAGAAAGCAUAGUUUUCAAGAAUUGAAACAACUCUUUUAAAUAAUGAUAUAGGGACGUAAUGUUCUGUUCUUAUUUGUGCAGAGACAGGGUAGAAAAAAAUCAACUUUAUAUGCAGAAGCCUAGAUAUUGUGAAUCCGCAGCAUGGGUCAUGAAAUACAAGCAUUUUGAUAAUCUUAAAUAUCUUUUCUUUUUCUUUCUUUUUCUUACCAGAAAUGUCUAGAUCUGUUGCAGCACAGAAAUCCUCUUAUUAAACGUGUUUGCAACUCCAGAUACAUAUGAACGUCAACAGGAUGACGUCAUCAGUGUUAUAACUCAGAUUUAGCUGCAGAGCCACAGAGGACGGCGAGUAUUUUUAGGUUGAGUGGCUCUCGGCACUUUUCAGGAAAACGUGAAGUCGGUGGAGAAGAAAGUUCCAUCAUCCCUGUAUUGGAUCAUAUGGACUCUUGCGAUCAGAUUACUGUGAUGGAUCUGCUUGCGUGUUUGACAUCCACCAACACUGCAUUAUUCCGUAGCGAGUGCUACCCCAGUCCUAACAAGCCUUACUCUGUUUAUUCAUUAGCACCGUGAUCACAAAAAGUCUCCAUGUUUUGUUUAAAAAAAGAAAAUCAUCCGUUGCAUGGUAAAAAAAACAAUGUUAUUUGGUGUUUUUGAUGUCAUUAAAUUGCUUUACUUUCCUA